AUGCGCGACCGCCCGUGUCUGUGUGGUUGCGGCUCGAAUGCCGCCGGCUCUAGCCGACGAUCAUCAUACGAUGCCGCGUCGACGGGCAUCGCCGCUCGAGGCGAAACGUCAACGACCAGGACCGGUCGUCCUCCUUCUGAUGCAUCUGAGGUCACCUGUUCGGGCAUACGACCGAUUAGAGUUCAAUCACGUCGAGCGCUUAGUACGGCUUCGGGCAACGAUGCUCAAUUCUUGUCCCAUCAUGAUGCCAGGUCACGCCCUUGGGCGAGUCGAUCGAGAGGCAACGCGUUUAUCCUCCUUCCGGCGCUGAUUUGCGCGUGCCUUGUAUCCGUCGUGGCCGCCAUUGCGCCUCCUGCUCCAACCCCAGCGCUUCGUAGCUUUGAUUCGUUGUAUGCUUCAAACACUACCACAUUCGCUUUGCCCACAGCUUCACCGGAUCGACGGUCUCCAGACGCAGUCAUUCAUAAGCAGCUCGCCGCCGAAGCUGUCGAAGCUACCACCUCAAACGGCCCGCCUGAUCACAAUGUCAACGUGCAAGUCUCGCAGCCAACCAUGUGUCAGCCCAUGAAUAUCACAUUUGACCCAAGCCGAGGUACGCCUCCUUACACGGUCAUGAUCAGCAUCGAGGACUACUGGCCCGUCACCAUCAGCCUUCCUGCAUCCUACGAUGACGCCACCAAGGAUCUGUGGCUCUACCAGUACAGCGUCCCUUUUUACAACGGCAACACCGCCAAUCCAAACAUGAUCGUCUCGGUCACCGAUUCGACCGGUCUCAUGUCCAACUCCUCCAGCUUUGUUCAAGCGCUCAGUCCCAAUAUCGGUGAUACAUGUCCCUCUGUGCAGUACGACGCCACCUUCUACUUCUAUACGGAACACCCGGCAUCCAUGUGUCAAGAUUACGAGAUUUUCUGGAACGGCAGCUACGCUCCUCCGAUCACGACCAUCUUCUUGCCCGAGUCCGCCCCUCCGAUCAAUGUGCAAACUCCCUCGGGCACUACAAACAACAUGACUUGGCAAGUCGCCAUGACGGGCGGCACACGCUUUCUCAUGACCAUGGCCGACAGUCGCGCGUCUGGCGGCUACGGUGGUGUCUCGAAGCUCAACAUCGUUGCACUCAACGAGUACGUUAACAAUUCCUGCAUCGCCAAGACCAACUAUGCGCACAACGUCUUUGCUCCCACCAUCACCGCUGCACGUGCUUCCAUCUUUCCGGACGCAACAUCCACAGUAGCAUCGCUCACCACUGAUGGCGGCAUGGUCGCCACCGUGACUGUCAUCGAAACCAUCAAGAACGGCCGCAGAAUCCAGGGCGGCGGCGGAGGUCUCUCUGGCGCUGGAUUCCUCAUCCUCAUGGUAGUCCUUUUCGCGAGUAUCGGCCUCAUUGGUGCUGCUGUCGGGUGGUUUUGCUUCCGAAGGCAUCAGAAGCGCAAACAAAACAUUCGCGCAUGGGAUCUGCCCAACAAUGAUCCAUCCGUGCCUUUCAGCGCGGAUCCCAACAUGCCCAUCGCGCCGGGCAUCUUUGGCCGCAGCGACACCCGGCAAGACUCAAAUGCCGCCAGAGCGCGCGAAACUAGAGCUGCGGACCGCAAUAGUAUUUCUGACGCUUCGCGACCCCUCACCCACGCUCCCUCUGCUCGAGCUUCGCUGCGCAGCUGGACAUCAAGUGCAUACGAUCACUGGCAUGCUGCUACAGGCACGCAGAAUGGCCGUCAUCAAACCGCAUCUACCGACGACUAUGCCAUGAUGGAUGCUGCAGCACGACGAGACGCUUCAAGCGCACACAGCACACGGAUAACCACGACCGGGAACCUGCCAAAUGGCUCGAGAGAUGCAUGGUCGCCCACCGACUCGAUCCAGCGUGCAUUUGGCUUCUAUUCGGAUGACCCGCAUACACACGACAGCGCCACUUACCACGAGAUGCAGCUGCAAAGCCGUACAGGCAGCCCACCCGUGGCUUCGCGCACCAUCAGCUCAGACGGCGGAUCAACCAAAUCAACGCGUGUCGGUCCUGGUCCCACAUACCGCCCAGAUGCCGCCUCGCAGGCUGCUUAUCAGGAUCUGCUAGCUAGCAACACUUCACCUGUCAGUGGAACGGAGCGCACCUUUCCCUUCAGCUCGCUUCGACCGCAGACGGCUGGCUCUCCGACCUCGCCAAUCUCGAGAAAUGGAGGCUGGGCCGAGGUGUCGGAGGGCGCCGAUCAGUCAACGCGCAUUGUUCGCCACGCCGAUGCCGGCCUUCUGCUGGACGACAAUGACAACGGUGACGAGCUGAUUAACCUCAGGUCCGGUCGACUGAUGGAACUGCCUCCCCAAUACGAUACGAUUCAUCCCGGAACGAGGUUGCCGCAGCAGAGACCCUUGCACGGUGGAGAAGACUCCCUGCCCGAAGAUCCGUUCGCCAAUCCGCCCACUCGCGGGCACGCACAUGGUCUUGCUUCAGUCGACAUCUCGGACGCUCGCAACAGCACGGCUGAAGUGCAUGCCGCGGAUCUGGUCGACGACAACGACGACGAGUCGGCUUUCUGGGCUCACUAG